CUACUUCAACAAACCCCCUCAAAAAGGGUCGCCGACGUGGCCACACCGACACAACCUGCGCCAGACACAAGCAGCAUCUACAACGUUCCCGAACCGGUUUCACCUCGCCGGUUCCUCCUAUUUCACCCUAUAGAUUUCCUUGGUCUCAGCAAGAAUCCGUUACGCUGCUUUCGAGAUCCGCCCUCCCUGUAAUUCCUCCGACUUGGGUCCGCCCCCGAACCCCUCAAUCCUUCUCUUUCAGCUUCAAUCGAACCUGUUUCAGCCUCAGUCCCACUGCCCGAUUGCCUGACUCCUACGCAUGGUCAAAACGGCGUCGGCACCACCGUGACCAUCCGACGAUUCUGACCUCCUUCAACGACACCAAACAUGGUGCACAUAUCGCUUCCUCGAGGCCUGAGCCAACUUGGAGGAAUAAAACACAAGGACAAAGAUCAGGGUGCGAGUGGUUCUGCGGGCAAUGGAAAUGGCAGCAGACGGCCUAGUCCCCCAGGACUUGGGAGUAACAACAACAGCACCGUGGCCCUAGUUGAUCAAAAACCACUUAUCCUCAAAGUCUAUGUCAUCAAGGCGAGAAAUCUGGCACCAAAAGACAGAUCUGGCACCUCCGACCCUUACCUUGUGGUUACCCUCGGCAAUGCGAAGCAGUCUACACCCUCGAUCGCAAAGACUCUCAAUCCGGAAUGGAAGAUAUGCUUCGAUAUGCCUUUGACAGGCGUUCCCCUACUUGAAUGCAUGUGCUGGGACAAAGACCGCUUCGGUAAAGAUUAUAUGGGCGAGUUUGAUAUCCCGAUCGAGGAUAUCUUCCCCAAUGGGCAGAUACAGACCCAGCCUAAAUGGUACAGGCUGAACUCGCGGAGACCAGCAUCGAAGAAACAGAGCAACGUGUCUGGAGAGGUGUACAUGCAGUUCUCUCUUGUCGACUCUGCGAAUCCAUCUGCUAGCCCGGAUGAGAUUCGGAAAAAGUUCCAAGCAUAUCUCGGAGCUGAGGAAGAAGACGACGAAUUGUCCCGUGUCUCCUCCAAUAUAGAUGAACUAGCGGCAGACGAUGACUUUGAUGAGCUUGACGAAGAUCAAGAGGAAUCCGUCACCGAGACCGAAUCCCCGCAGAAACCGGAAACUGCUGAUAAGAAAGCCAAGAAGAAACGACUUGCACGUCUCCGUCGCCGAUCGAUUGCGGCAAGAGCUUACAAUUUCCUUUCAGAGGACAAUGAUGUCAAUGGCAUUAUUUUCUUGGAGAUUGUCAAGAUCAACGAUCUACCACCUGAACGGAAUAUGACCCGAACUUCCUUCGAUAUGGACCCCUUCGUGGUUACUGCAUUAGGUCGCAAGAUCCUCCGAACAAAAGUGGUUCGGCAUAAUCUGAACCCGGUUUAUAAUGAGAAGAUGGUCUUUCAGGUCAAACGCAAUGAGGUUGGCUUCUCCUUCACAUUCAGCGUGAUUGAUCGAGACAGCUUGUCGGGCAACGAUUUCGUGGCUUCGACAUCAUUCCCCCUGCAGAAAAUGAUCCAGUCCGCUCCCAAGGAGGAUCCAGAAACUGGUCUCUAUGACCUUCCCGAGCCACCAGAAUAUUCGCCGGCAAUGCAGCAAAAGGGCAGAUUCCGCAUACCCUUGUCACGCACCACGUCAGCCAAUAGUUUAACAAAGAUGUCGAGACCCGGGUUGAAAAAAGACGACUCUCAGAUAUCGCUGUCCAGCACGAAUAACAGCACGAGUAGUGACGACGCCAGUCGGCCUCCACCACCUACCAGUAUGCCGUCCGACAAUAACGGAAAUAAUUUGAAGUUGCCCGCCGGCAUUGACCCCCUACCAGCUCAGCCGGCAGAAGACCCGACCAUGAUCCCGUACGUGAUUCCAUUGGAAUUGAAAAACAAGGAACGAUGGGAAGACAAGCAUAGUCCGGAGCUCCACAUUCGCGGGCGAUACCUGUCCUACAAGGCGCUGAGGCAACAGUUCUGGAGAGCAAUGUUGAAGCAGUAUGACGCAGAUGACAGUAAGCGGAUCAGCAAGAUCGAAUUCACCACAAUGCUUGAUACGCUAGGCUCGACUCUGAAAGAAUCAACGAUUGACAGCUUCUUCAGGAGAUUUGCCGCCGAAAACGAAGAUGUUGGGGAGGUGGAUUUGACCUUUGACCAAGCAGUCAUGUGUCUGGAGGAACAAUUGCAGAAGAGCAGCCAAAAGAAGUCCCAACUGGAGAAGAUCAAGAGCGCCGAAAUAUUUUCGACACACAAAGAUAUCAUUCCCCCCAAGGUUAGCAACAACGAUGAAGUACCAAGCAUUACACAAGAACCCACUGGCGCUGCGGGUGAGGAAGGGAAAUUGCUCGGAAAUGACCUUGCGGAUGAAGGAGACGAAGAGCACGUAAUCGAGAUCCGGGAGUGUCCAAUAUGCCACCAGCCGAAACUGAACAAGCGCACCGAGGCCGACAUUAUAACGCACAUUGCCACUUGUGCCAGCUCGGACUGGAGACAAGUCAACAACCUGGUGAUGGGCGGUUUCGUGACCCAAAGCCAAGCUCAGCGGAAGUGGUACUCCAAGGUCAUCACCAAGAUCAGCUACGGAGGCUAUAAGCUGGGCGCUAACAGCGCCAAUAUUCUUGUUCAAGACCGGAUCACGGGGCAGAUCAACGAAGAACGAAUGUCUGUAUACGUUCGCAUUGGCAUCCGCUUGCUCUAUAAAGGAUUGGGCGCUGGCGAAAUGGAAAAGAAACGAAUCAAAAAGAUGCUACGGUCGUUAUCAAUCAAACAGGGCAAGAAGUUUGAUGACCCAGCCUCGGUGGCCCAAAUUCCUGGAUUUAUUGCCUUCCACCAGCUCGACAUGUCGGAAGUGCUGCUGCCAACUUCCGACUUCCGGAAUUUCAACGAAUUCUUCUACCGAGCCUUGAAACCAAACGCUCGGCCUUGCAGUGCACCGGACCGACAUGAAAUUAUCGUCUCUCCCGCAGAUUGUCGGUCCGUUGUGUUCAAUACAAUUGAUGAUGCGACACGAAUCUGGGUCAAAGGCAGAGAUUACUCGCUUGAGAAAUUAUUUGGCGAGGCGUAUCCAUUGGAAGCGAAACGAUACAAAGGUGGCAGCAUGGGUAUUUUCAGACUUGCGCCUCAAGAUUAUCAUCGUUUCCACAUUCCUGUCGACGGUACCUUGGGAACCCCGAAGGCUAUCGAGGGUGAAUACUAUACGGUCAAUCCCAUGGCCAUACGAUCGGCACUGGAUGUCUAUGGCGAAAAUAUCAGGGUGUUGGUACCCAUCGAUUCUGUUGCGCACGGCAGGAUCAUGUACGUCUGCAUCGGUGCCAUGAUGGUCGGAUCCACCGUUAUUACUCGGAAACCAGGGGAGCGGGUCAAACGAGCUGAAGAGCUUGGAUAUUUCAAAUUUGGCGGCAGCACCAUCCUCUUGUUCUUCGAACCGGGGAAAAUGGUGUAUGAUGGAGACCUGGUCGACAACAGCACUGGAGCUCUGGAGACAUUGCUCCGUGCCGGUAUGUCCAUUGGACACUCGCCGAACGUCGAGCCACACCGGCCGGAUAUGAAGAAAGACGAGAGCAGUAUUACCAUGGAGGAUAGGCAGGAAGCCAGGCGGCGAAUUGAGGGCAGCAUUGCGCCUGACAUGGACAACUAUGGUAUAACACCUCCAGACAUAGAGUCAGGCGAUGCAAUGAGCUCACUGCAUCCGGCAAAUGUCUCAUAACAACUACCCUGGACGACGAGAUGAAUGUACGAUCAACCAAGACGGAGCGUCAGAAUCGAGGACGACCUGCUCGAGUUGGACCAAAUGCAUAUGCAAUGCCGGGCAUGGGAAACAAGGUAUUCAUCUAAAUGUUAGGCUUGGAAACUGCGAAACACUGGCGAAGCCUUCAACACUCGUUGCUUAGGUUCCAAUAUAUCGUGCUUGCUCUACUAUAUCACGAAAGAAGCAAAACCACAACGCGCGACAACAUCCGCUAGUCCGAGCUCAAAGACGUUGAACCAGGCCCGAAUCCACUAUACAGAUUGUGGAAGGGGUGUGCUCUUCAUCAUUAACGGUGAGUCCCUAGCUUUCUAAUUUCUUACACAUUCUACGCAAAGACGUCUUCGGCGUUUUUCCUCAUGACCUUGUCUGCCUUGUCUCCGGGAAAGAAUUGCAAUAAAGCACCGUCCAGGACUGCCCUCGCUGCGACAAGUGCAUCGCCAGGGGUGAACGGAUAGUCCGUUCCGUACAGUAUGCGUUGGGCAUCUGGCAUCACCAGCAGCAACAUCUUCAAGUGGUCCGGAUACGGCGUGCCAGAAAGGUCAAAGUAGCACUGGCGCGCAAAGAUGUCCUUGACCUCCUGUUCGGAAACCGCGAUGACACCGGCAUCUCGCCCCGUAGCCGAGGCCACUUGGACCAUGAAUGAGGACACAGCCGCAAAGCGUGCAAUCAAGGGUGGGAGCACGGCACCAGCAUGGGGGAUUAUGAUUCGAAUAUCUGGAUUCCGUUGAAUUGUGCCGUUGAGGAUUAGGGAUACAAUCGCCCUCGUCGUGUCGAAGGGGAAUUCCAACAUCGGAUUUGGGAAGACAGGGAUCGGGUGGUAUGAAGGGACUGCUCUGCCGCCGUUUGGUGAAGUUGCUGGUACAGACGCUGCUUGCGCUUCCUCAUGGCCUGCAGAGGCAGAAGACGGGCAUAAAUGACAACUGGUUGGAUGGACGAAGACGACCGCUUUACGCUGAUUCAGCUUGUCCCAUACCGGCGCAAGAGACUUGUCUCCAGGGUAAAUCCCAGCGGCAUUGGACAGAAUGACGAAUCCGACGCACAUCCUACCCUUCGCGAGCCCCGUCUGCUCACUCGACUUGUCAUUCUGAUCGAGGACGCGAUCGAUUUCAGCCAGCGUCCCCUCCACAUCCGGCAGCGGCAGACUCGCGAAGAACCUGAACUUGUCCGGGUUCUCCCUGCAGAUCCCCGCCAGGUCGUCGUUGGCUUCGCGCGUGAUCUUGCGGUUCAGGUCGUCGUCGCCCUGAACCAAAUACGUCCCUGGCGAAGUAAUGCUCAGUAUGGACGUGGAAAUGCCCAUCCUCUCCAUGAACGAGAGGUGCGAAGAGGGGCUCCAGGCCGGUAUGUACGGCAUGCCGUCCGGGCGCUCGUGGUUGUGCGCGACGAGGCGGGCGCGAUAGGACGGAGGAAUGGCAUGGGCGUGGACAUCUAUUUUCUCCAUUUUCGUUUAUCGUUUUCUCUCGUAUUUCCGCGUGUAGGACUUCUUACAGGGCGAAAAGAGUUGCUUUUCAUAAGAGACCAGAGAGUACUGUUCUACGCUGAACCAGUCGAGGGCUUUCCCUCCGGUUAUAUAACCCCGUUCUAUGUAUGCAAGGAGAUGCCGGGGCAGAUCCUACAUGUUACACGAAUA